UCCUUAAUAAUAUCCAAUAAACAAUAAUAUUCCAUUAGUAUAAUAUCCCCAAGUACCAUUAGUAUAGUAUUCCCAAAUGCCUUAAGUAUAGUAAUUUCCUAUCCAAUAAGUAUAAUAACAGUAAUUAUUUUAACCUCAACAAUAACAAUAUUAACCAUUAUAAUAGUACAUAUAUUCUUAAAAUAAUAUUCCGAGAAUAGAGAACACAAAUAAUUAUGACGAUCCAGUUUCAAAGCCAUCAGCUGGUUUUGUAGAAAAUAUAAAUUAAAGUCAAAAAAUAAAAAAUUAAUAAGAUUAUUCAAAAUUGCUUUAGUAUUAAAUCGAUAUAUAAAAUUAAAAAAAGAAAGAAUUACAAGAAUUAGAAAAACUUUAAUAAGAAAAGAUUGUUUAAGAAAGAUAAAGGUAGUAAUUUUUUAAUAGAGGAGCACCUCAAAGGGAUUUAAAUGGGAAUAUUUUAAGUAGCAAAGUUCGUCCGGGAAAUCCUAAUUAUUAAAGCAUGGAUUGGUUUUCACAUAUGGGACAUAAAAUUUUGGCAGAACCAUAUUAAUAAGAAAUUAAUAAUUAAUUAAUUUAUAAAAAUUAAAGUGCUUAGGAUUUAGCUGUUUAUGAUAAGGAUAUAAAAUAUUAAAAAGAUCUAGAAUAAAGAGUUUAAACAGGGAGAAAUAAAUUAAAUUAAAUAUAUGAGUUAAACCAAGAAAACGAAAAUUAAAAUCAAAAAACAAAUUCUCAUGUAAUAGAAUUGCAAUAAUAAUAUCAAGGACCGGAAAAUAAUAUAGAUUUAUAAAAAAUGAAUAAAAGAUAAGAAGCUAUUGAAUUAUAAAGAGAAUAACUACAAUAAAUAGAAGAGAAAAAAAGAUAAAGAGAAUUAAAGAUUUUGUAAGAAAAAAGAGAGAGAGAACUAGAAGAUUUACGUAUCGAA